CGCGCUGUAUAGUUGCUCCGAUUAGGACGUGUGGUUCGCUUAAGCGCACGUUACAGUUACGACGACGCGCAAUACCUGCAACAUGGAGUACUCAACAGGUCGACUAAGCAUUCUGUGGCUGCUGGGAUUGAGCCUACUGCUAUUCAAAACAGGAUCCACAGAGGCACAGAGCAAACGAGCCUCUCGCGUCACCAGCUCCCGUAGCUUUGGCACCAACGUCAAGCCCACAAGCUCCAAUGGCCUUAGCUUCGACUGCCCCGAGGAGUUCGGCUACUACCCGCACCCCUCGGACUGCACCCAAUACUACGUGUGCGUCUUCGGAGGAGCGCUGCUCGAAAGCUGCACUGGCGGCCUGAUGUACUCUCACGAGCUGCAGACCUGCGAUUGGCCACGGAACGUUGGCUGCGAGUUGGUGGACACAUCCUCGGAGCGCGCCCCCGCACGUAGCCAGGGCCAGAGCCAAACGCAGCAUGUUCCCAGCCGAGUCCGCUUUGGGGCCGCUUUCAGCAGCCCAGGCGGCACCCAGAAGGCGCCCACUGUGGCACCACAGUACCACCGCUCUCCGCCACAGGUCAUUCAGGCGCAGGUGCAACACAUACCUCCUCCACCGCCGGAGCUGCGAGUGCCACCCAACCCGGUUAUCACGUCGCGGGGUCAACCAAAACCACUGAUCGAGUCCCAGGAGGACAUUGCGAAGCUUUAUGCCGAUGCCCAGGAGACUUUGCCGCCUGUGGAAGAAGAGGAGUCCGAUCGCCAGCAGAGAGUGUAUCGUGGGCAACCCAGUACCGUCAGUCAAGUGCAGCGCGAUCGCGAUGGUAUUAUUCACCAGGCUAGUAUCAAUGCCAUUCCCCAAAGUGGCAAAAUCGGAUCGUAUGCUUUUGGAACCGCCUACAGCGAAAGAUUGGACGGCGACCAGACGCUCGAAUACGAACUGUCACACAACCGACUCGAUGGAGGUAAGCGGCGCAAACGCCGAGAUCUUAGCGCGCAGGUCGCAGAAAUUGCGCACACUGAGCCUGCAGAAUCGGAAAAUUCCAAAGACUCAAAUAGUGCGAGGGAAGUGGUGGAGCCCGAAAGCUCCAGCGCACUUCCAGUUAGUAGUGAUAUCUCAAAUAGCUCGAACAAUUCAAAAGAACAACUCGAAGAGGUGGCCCCGGCAUUCGUUAAGCCACGUAAAUACUCCUCAAAGAUCAGUCAGCCAAAAGGCGAGACCCCCAUGGAGUUUGACUACGAGCAGAUUGCUAAUGAAGAUGGCGAAUCUUUAGACGGAGAUGGAGGCGAUGAUGAUGUGGCCACGGGCGAGUCGAAGAGACGGCCCCGCCAACUGCGACCCAUCGCACAUGCGUCAUCAAAGUGGCCGGGACAAAAUUACCGUGCCAUCGACGCACCCGUUCCCCCACAGUACUCUCAGCAAACGGGCUAUAGCUUUGGCAGCUACAAUCCGUACCUCACUCCGCCCAAUCCUGCCAAUACCCAACAGUCAUAUGGCAACCACAACUACAAUCAGUUAACUCCCGGCUACCAGGCCUACGUGCACCAGCAACAGCAAGUGGCUCCCGCUGGACCGCUCCCCCAGCAAAAGCCCAAAGUGGUCUACACUGGCUACAAUCUGUCGUUGCCUCCGCCGCCCCUGGAGGACGACUUUCGGCCGAUUGCCGGCAGCUACUACGGAGCAGCUGGCCCAGGGCCCAGCAGCCCGCGGCCUCACAACAUCCAGCAGCAGCACUCGAAUGCGGGCGACCUUCUUCCCUACCUUAUACAACAACUGAAGGAGUUAAAGGAGCGGCGGAAGAAUCUGCAGGCGGAAAACUUUGCCUACUUCCACCUGGACAACCAGCCCGUUAGCCCGGCCACCGUUUCAGGGGCCACAGUUGUGCCUACAGCCAGCACCACCCGCUACUCGCCAGUUGACCCUUCGAAACCCGCACAACAGGUCACUCCAAAUGGUCAGUACAGCACCAUGGGCGGAUUCUACAACAACCAGAAACCGGACCAGGCCUCCUACACUGCCGCCAACUAUCCCGGCAAGUUGGUCUCCCAGUACAGCAUUGGUUCUGCCGAUGGGCAGCGCAGCACGACGGAGAGCAACUACUUUCAGUACAACAUUGUAGCCAACCAGAAGAUGAAGGGCGUCUUCAGCACCGCGACGCCAGGCCAGACCGGGCAUGCUGCCGUUAAAGUUAGGCCCCCUGUCACCCCGCUACAGGUGACACAAAGCAUUAAUGUCGUAUCGGCCCCGAACUUGGCCUACAAUAGACCCAAUAGUCUGCAGCAAGUUCCGUUUCGCGACUUCUCGCACCUUCCUGUGGGCAUUAGUUACGCCAGCAACAGCACAAUGCCAGAAUCCUACCAGACUUUCACCAAGUCAAUCAGCACAACAGAGGCGCCGCAGCGCGAUCUUCCCACGAGCAAGUCUAAGCUGACAAACUUUCAGUUCAACAUCCACGAGUUUAUGGCCAACCUUAAGGCCAGCGAUCUGGCCAGUGUCAACCCGGCCGUGAAUCCAUUCAUGAAGUACUUCAAGCAGGUUAGUAGCGAUGGAAAUGGGAAAAGCAACUUGCGCAAUGCCCCGGUCCUUCGACGUCCAGUGCCAAGCAGUACGAGCUCAACUAGCAGCACAACCACGACCACCCAGAUUCCGACCACGCCAAGUCCACCGGCCUCCAAGAUUCACCUUAGAGCCAAGCCGACAGUGCCCACGCCUGCAACUCCGACCACAACGAGGGUUCUGAAGGGGUACGAAAAUUUCAUCAAGGGCAUUCAGAACCAACUCAACAAGCAGACCUCUAGUCAAAGUCCCGCCCCCAGCACAUCGACAAGCACUCUGCGAGUGCCAACCACCACGACUCUCGAGGGCGUCGACUAUUAUGACGAGGAUUACGAAGAGGAUGAGGACAUACUUCCUCCGUCUCAAAUGCCUCCUUACAUGCCCAUGUCCGAGACCAUGGCCCCUCCCCGCCCACAACUAGCUACGGCCGUGCCAAUCACUGAGUCGCCUGGAAAAGCGCGACCAAACUUCCAGACGGGCUUCCUGGAGGCGACGACCACACGCCGUCCGUUCCCCAACUUCUCGCUAAACCAACCAGGUGCCGAGGCCGGCGUGCCGUCGUUCAUUAGCUUUCCCAGCGAUAUCUUCCAGGAGCUGAAGCAGCGGCUGCCUCAGCUUCCGGAGUCUAACAGCCCACAAGUGAAUACCAAAACACCCACGACCCCGCGCAGCAUGCGUCCGACUUCCAAUCCAAGGCCAAUCUCCUCCAGCACGGCGCCCCCAACGACUCGAGUUCGUUAUACAACGCGACCAAACACGCGAGGACAACAAAAAUGGAUGACGAUGUCACCGGUCCAAGGACAAAAGGACGCAAAGAACCUCACCGACAAUAGCCCCGCCCUAGGCUUAGGCUCCAGCAAGCAGAGCAACUUGGGCGGCCUGCAGCUAAAUUCUAUACAUGUCGGCUCAGGCGAAGAACGUCACAGAGUUGAGUCAUCCUCACCGUCAUCGCUAGGGGCGCCGCCACCCGCUAAUAUAUUUGUACAGCCCACGCCACAAGCUCCAUCGCCACAGUUAGAACCCAAUCGUAACUACUACAAUGCAUCCAUAUUUAAUCAUGGGGGCGGCUACCAACCACCGCAGCAGCAACAGCAGCAGCAACAACAACAACUACAGCCAACACCAUUCCAACAAGCGCAACCGCAACAACAACAACAUCAGCAGCCGCCACAAGCUUCACCACAUCCCUAUGAUUCAUCCUAUUAUUCUGUUUACGACGACGAUAUCGAUUUAUAUAGGGAUAUAGAGUACCAACAGCAGCAGCCGCCUCAGCAGCCAGCUGCCCCCCAGUAUCAACCAGCAGUGCGCCAACAACAGCCGCAAUCAACCUACCGCCCCUUGGAGCUCUCGGCCACCCCGACUCCCCCACAAAAACCAUCAUACGGCAACCAGCAGACCUUGACCUACACCUCAGACUACGAUGAGGACAUUAAUGCGCAGAUCGAGCAGGAAAAUUUGUACGAUCAGCCAACACGUUCACCCCAGAGGCCGGAACAGGUGGCCAUACAAACCCUGGACACCCGGGCCAUCCCUUCGACGGCGCCAUCCCCGACGACGCGUCCGGAUGAUCCCACCUACUACGACACGCUCACUACCCUCCACGCUCCGGAACUCGGGCCUGCUGACUACAGCUACUCUAGUUCCGCAGAGUACGCCUACGGGUCGGCAGAGGACUAUGACCAGAGCGAGCGCACGCUGACUCGAGCCAAGUCCACGCCGCGCACCGAUACGGAUGACUAUGAUCUGAUUGCUAAUGUUGUGGGUCCAACCAGAAAGAGCACAACGGCGCCACCAACACGGUCCCAGAACACAAAACCAACUCUGGCACCUAGCAGGAACCCGUCGAAGAGUUCCAUAACCAACACACAAACUCUUAAGGUCACAAAGUCCACAACAACCACAACUACAACCACGACACCAUUCCCAUCUACGACAACAACAAAACUAGCAAGCUCGAAAGCGCAUGCAAAUAAGCCCUAUAAACAACAUGUUCCCAACAAGUCAAAGACAACUACACAAUCUUCCAGUACCCCAACCACCACCACGUCCAGCUCCACACCUCCUUCGAAUCCCUCGACUUAUAGUUCCAAUCCCUUUCUCAAAUCAAAACUGCAAAAUCUUGCCAAGUCACUGGUAAAUUUUGUCUCAAACAGCCAGCCCAAAAGCAAUACCACCGGCUACCGACAAGUUCAUAACCUUACAAACUCCUAUCGCCAACCCACGAUUACGGAACCAGUCCCAGUCCAAAUUCCCACCCAAACCUUUUCCCCAACGCCCCCGCCUUCUACCACGCAAUGGCCCCUGGUGGAGGAGCACGUUGAGACUGUUUUUGACGAGAGUCAGAACGUUCAUGUUCAGACGGCCGAGCCGCCAAGGAGUCGUUCCUUCGAAACCAGCACAUCGGCCAAAUUCCUGGACUUUAUCAAUGCCGCUGCUUAUGGUACCAGUCCGCGCGGCAAUCUGUUGAAUGCAGUGCCAGAUAAGCUCGUGAACAGGGAUUUCCCGUAUCGGGACAGAGAUUAUUCAUUCGAGUCAAGCUCAAGGGAUCCGGAACCACAGCGCAAACGUAUUCAGACCUACAUCACCUCUGAUGUGGCGCCACAGAGUUUUACAGUUCCGGUAAAGGGUGAUGUGGGACCACAGGCGGAAGAAAUGGAAAGUGCAAGUACAACGCGACCCAAUAAGCCAAUACAAUAUAGUCUUCAAAGUGGAUCGCAUGGUUUUAGUCUACGUGUCGAACAGAACGAAAACGAAGGAAAUCUGUCUGCGCCAACUUCUGCGGAGAAAAAGAGUCUGCCGACCACCACGAGCACAACAAGCCCAACAACACCGGUUGACUUAUCUCAGGAGUAUGUGGACAUCGUUCCCACAACAUACGCCCCACCUCUUCGCAUUUGGCGUAACGGAAGACCCACCAUUCAACAGGCAUAUUAUAGGCCAACCACCACAAGUUCUAGCACAAGUACUAGUACCAGUACCAGUACCAGUACCAGUACAAGCACAUCAGCUCCUACCACCUCGAAUGACAAUGUUGAGUCGAGCAGCACCAUUAGAACUACCACAACACCAAAGGCUCUGGCACCGCCCAGCACGGAAAGGUAUGUUGUACCGGGUCCAACUUAUACGGCCCGCGCCAAUUAUUUUAAGGACAGCCUAAAUCGCGUUACUGUCAACCCUGCAAUGCGUUUUGUCUCACCGUACAAAAGUCUAGAGAACUUGCUCCAGGAAGACCGCCACCACCAGCACCACCAACUGCGAACGACAGCUAGACCGCGAUACACAAAUGCACCGGCCUUUCCACCCUUUCUGCAGACUACUUCAAAACCGCCAAAAAACCUUUUUGUGGUCACAUCUGCUAGAAACACCAGUCAAGAUGUUUUGGCCACAAUGGCGACAGGAAACGCACGUAACUUUAGCGUUAGCGACGCUAUACUUAGCACAUUCAGUCCUCAGAGACCCGCGCCGAGCAUGCUGCGAACCACCACUACCACAACAACAACUACUACUACUACUAGCACGGAAGCACCGCCGCCAGAUAUGACUACUACUGCUUCUCCCACGACCGUCUCCGCCGUGAUCGCUUCGUUGCCCAUCCGCGUAUCACAGUCCCCAGUCCCCCGACCCCGUGGCCGCUCCCGAUACACAGCAGCCACCUUAAACAGUCUCGGAGACAGCGUGGACGAGCCCACGACCUAUGCGCCCAAGUUUAGGUUGCCGCCCGGAUACGAUACUAGUCCGUAUUCGAAACGCAAACCUCAACGCGUUCGAGUGAUCAGCAAUCAGCGGACCUCGUUUGGGGAGCCAACAGCUAAGCCACAAGAAAAGUACGAAGCUUACAAAGCCGCAUUGCAGGCCAAGGAUCCCGCCUAUAGCUCGCAAGGUGCUUUAAGCAAGUCCCUAAAGCGAAAGCCAAUCGAGAAUGAAGCCAGCAUUCCUGACGAGCCACGGGCCGAGGCCUUAAUCAGCCAGCCGUUGGAAGGCAGGCAACAGAACAGCUUGGAGGAGGGCGGAAGUGCGAUAGCCUACAGCUCCACCGAACAUGUCGUGGCGAUAACAGACCGCCCAACUGUCAAAUUUCUCUACUCUAACAAAUACCGACAGCAAACGGCGGAACGCACUUUGGCAGAGAGCCUUCAGAACGCCGGGUACAUAACGUCAGCUCAAGGCCCGGCUCAGAAAUUCCAAUCCGCCAACGUCCUGGAGCAGCUGAGGCAGUUCCUUGCUGGCAGUGAUAGUAACAGCAACAGCGAUGAGAGCGGCACCUCCCAGUUCGUUGACGAGUACUCAUUGCCCGAGAUAAAGGCCGCAGUUGAUGAGAUCAAGCAGCUUUACUUGCCCACUGAUCGACCAGUAACGACCACUUUAAAAACGACCACCACGACGCGGCGCCCUACCACCACGCCGAUUGCCCCACCAUCUUCACCCCGCUCCACUGCAGCCACUGUUAGCUCGUCAAUGCGACAAGUGCCAAACCAAUCCAAAGCAUACACCUCUUCCUCCACUCCUAGCGUCUUGGGCACCGAUUCCACUCCAACUCCAAGAACCUACCUGAGCACCCCCGAUAUUAGUACCCCUAGAGCCCCGAAAGACCCACCAGUUUACCCGACCCCCGCAAGCGCCCCCGCCCCCAACAUCGCCACCGCUACAGCCACCCCCUCCCCGUUUGCACCGCACACUGCGCGCGCUUCGAGGGUUAACAAUGUCAUAAAGUCGUCGAUUGCUGCCGCUGCCCUAGGCCCUAGCACCUCAACCUAUCAGCCACCAGUUUCAGCGGGUAAAGCCCAAAAGUUCCAAUUUGGCUUCGCCCCCAACAAUAAGAACCACCAACAGCAAAUAAGCAGCAACCAUAAUGGCGCCGCAGCCUCAGCCUCGGUGAAGUGCUCCGACAGCACACUGAACGCCAAAUGCAACGAGAUUCCUUCAAGAAACAACAAUAGAAAUCGGGGAAAUGCCAUGUACGCCAAUCAGGAUAGAGAUGUACUCUCAACGCCGAACCGUGGAACUCACCCACCACGAACACGUCCCACACUGAAACCAUCCGGCACCAUUGUGUCAAAGGCCCAAGAGUUUGUGGAUAUAUACCGGUACCCACCGACUCGCCCCGACCCCAUUUACCCACAGCCCACUCCAGAUAAAACGGCAGCUAAGUGCCGGAAGGACGUUUGCUUGUUACCAGACUGUUACUGCGGAGGCAAGGAAAUACCGGGCGACCUUCCCGUUGAAAGCAUCCCUCAGAUCGUUCUUUUGACUUUUGAUGAUUCCGUAAAUGACUUAAACAAGCAGUUGUACACGGAUCUUUUCGAGAAGGGUCGCGUCAAUCCCAACGGCUGUCCCAUCACAGCUACUUUUUACGUCUCCCACGAAUGGACCGACUACAGUCAGGUGCAGAAUCUCUACGCCGAUGGACAUGAAAUGGCCUCGCAUACAGUUUCACAUAGCUUUGGCGAGCAAUUCUCGCAGAAAAAGUGGACCCGCGAAAUUGCCGGACAGCGGGAGAUCCUUGCUGCUUACGGCGGCGUGAAGCUAUCAGACGUGCGAGGCAUGCGCGCACCAUUCCUCUCAGUGGGCGGUAACAAAAUGUACAAAAUGCUGUACGACUCAAACUUCACCUACGACUCGUCCAUGCCUGUCUACGAGAACCGACCACCCUCCUGGCCCUACACCCUGGAUUACAAGAUAUUCCACGACUGCAUGAUUCCGCCCUGCCCAACUCGCUCCUACCCUGGGGUAUGGCAAGUACCUAUGGUCAUGUGGCAGGAUCUAAACGGAGGCAGAUGCUCGAUGGGCGAUGCCUGUUCGAACCCCAGCGAUGCGGAUGGAGUAACAAAGAUGAUUAUGAAGAACUUUGAACGUCAUUACACCACCAACAGAGCACCUUUCGGCCUGUUUUACCACGCUGCAUGGUUUACCCAGCCCCACCACAAGGAGGGCUUCAUUAAAUUCCUUGACGCCAUCAAUGCCAUGCAGGAUGUAUGGAUCAUAACCAACUGGCAGGCGCUACAGUGGGUGCGAGAUCCUACACCGACAUCUCGCAUUAACUCAUUCCAGCCAUUCCAGUGCGAUUACUCAGAUCGGCCAAAACGAUGCAACAACCCGAAAGUGUGUAAUCUGUGGCACAAGUCUGGAGUCCGGUACAUGAAAACAUGUCAGCCAUGCCCUGACAUUUACCCCUGGACUGGAAAAUCUGGAAUCCGAUCUUCCCGCAUCGAUAACGAAGUUGAAGAACCGGCGGCGUAAGACU